AUGCCUCCCAAAGCCAGCGCUCGUCGCGCAGCUCCCACAUCGGCAGGCGCGACACCUACCUCUCAAAAUGCCACCGAUUCCAACACAACUCCCAGCGCAACCCCCGGUCCAGCCGGUCGUCCCGUACAGCGCCUACAGUCAUUGAAGAGUCGCAAACCCUCUGGGAGUAUCCCUCCAGCAAGUCGACCACCCUCCGCUCUUGGCGGCGAACAAGCAAAGCCGGUGAUGAAAUACAAGCCCAAGGCCGUGAUGCGCCGAAGCAAAGAAGAGCGUGACGCGAUCGAGAAGCGUGAGCAGGAACGGCUUAAUGAGCGAUUGCGAGAGGCUGCGGCUAUUCAGCGUGGUCGUGGGAAUCGUGGUGGUCGCGGUGCUUUCCGUGGUCGUGGUGGACCGAUGGGUAUGGGUGCGAAUGGACCUUUUGGAUCUGGCUUUGGAGGUGCGCGGCGGGGUCGCGGUGGCGCUUCGGGUCCUGGUGGUUAUGGUGGUGGUGCUCGGAGCCGGUUCCGAUCUGGAACUAGUGGUGGAAGUCAUGGGAUGGAUUAUGACUCGGAUGAGGAUGACGAUGAAGGAUUGCGGGUCAGCAUUGACCGGAUUGGUCUCGAGAGUGAAGAGGAUGAGGACGAGGACGAUUCACGACAGAUCAAGGGCAAAAUGCCAAUUCGCUCGCGCGAUGGCUUGCGGCCUGUUCGUGUGACUCGUCUUCAGCAUGAGGAGCGGGUUAUCAGUGUGAAUAUGGAGUCUAGCACUGCCAGAACGGAGGAGAUUCGUCAAAAGGCCGAAGAGGCCAAGGUCGCAGAGGAGAAGGCCAAGGUUGCUGCUACCCAGCCGCCGGUGGAAGAGCCUCGUGUGAAGCCGGAACCUGUGGACGAUGACGAUACUCCUAUGGCCGACGUGCCUCACGAUGAUGACGGCUUCCUACCGACACAAAAGCUCCGUGUCCGACGAAAGGUGUCCAGCCCUCGAGACAUUGCGACACCCGAACCGGUACAGCCUGAACCCGAGCCCGUCGAGGCAUUGCCACCCGUCAAAGUUACUCGAGAUCCGCGGGAACUUCUCCGCACUAAGGAGGAGAUUGAUGAGUACGAUCGUCACCUGGAGGAUCUGAAUCACGUCCGCACUCUACUAUACUACGAAGAGAUCCAGAAGACCACAGAAACGGCACCCACCGAAGCCGAACCAACCGCCGAUGGCGAAUCCGCACCGGAACCCACCACGGAAACCCAGGACGAAAACGAGGAAGAAGAAGAUGUUGAAGAUAAGACCACCAACCAAGCACUACUGGGCCAACUCUUCCUCAUGCAAUUCCCCCCAAUGACCCCCAACCUCACCAUCCCUGACGUCUCCACAUCGCAACCCUCCACCGACGCAGCCGAGAACCAAGUCACCCGCCAAACCGAACCCCAAGUUAAGCCCGAAGCCGAUGAAGUCCAAGUCGUCGACGAAAACGCUACCGAAACAGCAAAGGUCAUCACAGCCGCCACAGACUGGGCCCUCCCUGCCGGUCGCGUGGGUAAACUGAAUGUACACAAAUCCGGCCGGGUAACCCUCGACUGGGGCGGUAUCAGCUUUGACUUGGACCGCGCGACGACGGUGGACUUUGUGCAGGAGGCGCUGAUCGUGUCGAGUCCGCCGGAGGAAGAAGAUGGGGCGCCGCCGAAGGAUGAUAGUGAGAAUCGGGUGUGGUCCAUGGGUGAGCUCUGUGGGAAGUUUACGGUGAUGCCGAACUGGGAUGAAAUGCUGUAA